AUGGCCGACGAUGGAAUGCUUCUCAACUUCGCGGUUGGUGACCAACCGUGGGCUCCCAAGACUACCGCAUACAAGGGCGGUCGCUGGAAGGAUCGUUUGACCGCAAAAAAGGCCUUGCAAUACGGCCAGAACAAGAGCAAUCCAGACUACAAGAAGGAAAAUGAUGCAAGAAAUGAUGUGCGAUCAGGCUCCAACUCGGAACCUCGUCCCUUCAAGCGCCAAAAGACCGACACUGGCGAAUACAAGCCUACACAUACCACCGGCCGCACCGGCCCAAGGGACAGCAACAACCCUCCCAGACAACGCCCCAAGGAGGUCAUCUCCUCUCUGUUCACAUACAACCCUACUGCCACAACCGCUCCUGUUGAAGAAGACGAAGAGGCAGACGAUGCCGAACCUAUACAGCCUUCCAACGCCCCCCUAAGCUCCGAACUCGACACUUUCACCUCCUUGGGCCUGUCACCGAACGUCGCUCGCCACCUGCUCGAGAAGAUGGGAAUCAAGGCUCCUACAGCUAUUCAAGCAAAGGCUGUUGCACAACUGGUAAAGGACGACUCGGACGCUUUCAUCCAAGCAGAGACUGGUUCCGGUAAAACAUUGGCCUACCUUCUUCCCAUUGUACAACGCUUGGUCACCAUGUCCGAGACUGCGAGGAAAGAAAACGGUGGUACUGGUGGUCUCAAUCGAGACUCUGGACUGUUUGCCAUCAUCCUGGCCCCUACGCGAGAACUCAGCAAGCAGAUCUCUACUGUUCUUGAGUCAUUACUGGGAGCCGCCCACUGGAUCGUCGCUGGUACCGUUAUUGGUGGAGAGAAGAAACAAUCCGAGAAGGCGAGACUGAGAAAAGGCCUGAACAUCCUGGUAGCAACACCUGGUCGUCUGGUCGAUCACCUGGAACACACUGAGAGACUGGAUGUCAGUAAUGUAAGAUGGCUAGUGCUGGAUGAAGGUGAUCGCUUGAUGGAGCUUGGUUUCGAAAACGACAUUCAGAAAAUCGUCUCCCUGAUGAAUCUGCGUAUGCGCAAGGUGCAGCAAACACCAAUCCCGGGAUUGCCUGAGAAGAGAACGACUGUCUUGUGUUCUGCUACCAUCAAGAUGGACGUCGAAAGAUUGGGCAACAUCACUCUGAAGGAGGCCGUAUCAAUCUCUGCCGAGAAGCCUAGGAGUGCCGAAGAUGCAGAAAAGAGUGGCCAUGCCUUCUCGGCGCCCGCCCAGUUGAAGCAAUCAUAUGCUGUCGUACCCGCCAAGCUAAGACUGGUAACACUUGCCGCCAUUCUCCGGCGAUCAUUUACUAGGAAGGGAUCGGUCAUGAAGACUAUCGUGUUCAUGUCAUGCGCCGACUCUGUUGAUUUCCACUUCGAAGUUCUGACGCGUGGCGGAGAGAAGAAGAUUACUGGAUCUGAAGCCAAGGAGGAAAGGAAAAAGAACCCCGAGUUAUCCGAACUGGACAAGAUGAAUCCUAUCACGACUACUGCGAGAAAGGAGAAAGAGAAGGAACUGUCAAACUACGAAAAGAAGCUAGCUCCUGGAAAGAUCAGACAAGGAGGUUCGAUUGACGACGCAUGCACCGAGGCCAUCUCACCCAUCAUCUCGGGCAAGGACAACGAUGUCUCCAUUUUCCGUAUGCACGGUUCGCUUCCUCAAAACAUUCGUACUUCUACACUCAAGGCCUUCACCAACAACAAGGAUGCUUCGGUCAUGAUUUGUACUGAUGUUGCCUCUCGUGGUCUGGAUCUUCCCAACGUCGACUUUGUCAUCGAAUACGAUCCGGCAUUCAGCAAAGAUGACCACCUCCAUCGUAUUGGACGUACCGCUCGUGCAGGACGUGACGGGAGAGCCUUGAUCUUCCUCCAACCCGGCAACGAGGAAGGUUAUGUCGACAUUCUGAAAGAAGGCCGAAGAGACGCAGGACAUGGUCUCACUCGGCACGACGCUGUUGAGCUGUUGAAGAAGGGUCUGACGCCAACUUCGGGCACAGUGUCUUCCGGCCGCGAGUGGGAAGAGAAGGCAACAGACUGGCAACUUGAUGUCGAGAGAUGGGCUCUCGAGACUCCGAAACAUCUCGAGCAGGCUCGUCGCGCAUAUCAGAGUCACAUCAGAGCUUACGCUACCCAUGUGGCAGCAGAGAGAGGGAUUUUCAACAUCAAGACCCUUCACCUCGGUCACUUGGCGAAGGCGUUCGCGCUUAGAGACAAGCCUGGUAGCAUCAAGGUCCCAGGUCUACGUCCAGGCAAAGAAGACGCCAAGAAGUCCAAAGACUCUCGUCACAAAGCUAAUGUCAAGGGUGCAAAGAGCUCUGGCGAAAAGAGAUCUGCACCUGAUGGUGACGAUGGUCCCCAGGUGACUGAUGCUCAGGAAGCAGCCAGAAUCAUGCGGGCAAAGACAAAGGCCAUGAUGGGUGGCGGUGCUUCGGAGUUCAACUUGGGCUAA